GGCGCGAUGUAAAGAUGUGUCCCAUCUCAUAUGCUACAACGACAGUGGCUAUUUUAAGGCUUUGAAUAAGGUCAGCACUCUGCAAUGAUGAGCUUGAUUUCAGCUUAAAGGAAUUGCCUGUUUUUACCUUAACAAGUCAUCGUCAGGCUGGUUCUGUGGAGCUCUGAGAAACUGCAGAAGAGUGUUUUUUAAAGUAGUAGGACACAGGAAUCGGAAUAAUGGGAAUUCUAUUAAUAUGGGAAGAUGACCUGGAUGUCUUUUUUACAGACUGAGUAGCCUGGAUUGCAUUGGAUUGCACUGGAUUGAAUUGGAUUGCAUUGGACUAAAAUGAAUGUAAAUGGAGCGACAGGAGGUAAAGGGAGUCAGUCCACCUUGUUCGGCAAGGGUCAGGUAGGUAGUUAGGUAGGUCACUGCACCUGGCAAAACUUGCAUAAUUUUGCUCUGUAUAUAUUUUGCACUCUGAAUCUAAUGCACUCUUUAUGUGUUUUGUUAGAUUAGCCAAAAAAUGACCUCCUCCAAUAGGUGAGGUCUCUAGGUUGGAUAGGAUGAGUCGAUAGAAGUUAGGUUCGAUGCUGGGGGUCUGAGUAGUUCUCUGCAUUUAAAAGAAGAGGUGGAUCAAAUCUGACCCCUUUUAUACCAGUGUACCAGUAUAUCUGCAGGCCUGCUGUCGUGCCAACAUGUCAUUCAGUGCUGAUGACCCCCUGGUGCUCCUGGAGAUCCUAGAGGUGCUGGGUGCAUGCCGUGGCCGUGUGUCGUACGCAGACGUCUGCGUAUACCUGAGUGGCCGCUAUGAGUUGCAGCCACUUCUGGAGCUGCGCAGCCUGCUGUACUCCACGGCCUGCCGUGACCCGUGCUUCCCUGCCACCCUGUUCCGUGAGCGACUUCAUCCUCCCUGCAGCAACCGGCUGUCUGCGGCCGCUGAUGUGGUCUCCCUCUUCAACCUGCUCACACACACACGUCUGCCCCCCUCACACACACACCCUGAGCAGCAGUCCCAGACCUCCUGUCUGGUCUGCGGUCAGGGAUGUCCUCGCUAUGAUUGGCUGCAAGAAGGGGGAGGGGCUAUAGCUCAAGGCUCUAAAUAUGAGGGCUCCACCGAAACAUUGAUCAGUAUGAGGUCUGAGGUCCUGCAUACGCAGACUCCAUCACACUUCCAUGCUGACAGGACGCAAGCCACUCCACACAUACUCAAUCAAGCUGCCAUGCAGGUUGCACGCUCCGUGGACAGUGAGUGCCCUGGGAAUCAGGAGUCAUCCAGCAAGGGCCCGGACACAGAGCCUAUUUACUCUUGCGCCCAGAAGAGGAGCAUGUUCAAGGGGGAGUUCCACAACCUGUUGCCGUUUGUCCCUGUGGACUCCAACAACCAAAAAGUGCAAGCCCAGGAUGGGUUUACAGAAGGAGGUGAGGACCUCCCGUCCCUCAGCUAUAAGAAUCCGUAUCCUGAUUCUGCCUACACAAAUGACACUGCAGCAAUGUAUAUGCAGCACCACCCUUCAGAACACUCGCAAGGCCCUGUCGUAAGUUCAUAUGUGCAUGCUAUGCAGACCACUGAAGUGCUGACACACACACAAGGGCCUGCCAUGCCAAUGCAUGACCCACCUGUUGUACAGCUUCACGCCCCUGCGCAAGAGCCGAAGCAUAAAAGUAUGGAUGACCUGCAAAGCUCUACCUACUUUGGACCUACGGUAAUGGAGAGGACUCCCCGGAAUCCUGUUAAGACUGCCAAAAGCCACAGCUUGGACAUCGACUGCAGGCCUGAGGGAGAGGACAAAUUUGGACUAGAUAAAAAUGACUCAAGAAGACCUGGAUCAGAAAGGUCUGCGCUUGAUAGAUCUGGAUUAAGUAAACCUGGAUUGGCUAAACUAAGCUUUGACAGCAGUAGCUUUGACAUUCCUGGUUUUGAUCCAUUCAUUGUCCGGUCAGUACGGGACACCCUGAAGCGCCUGAGCGGGCUGAGCUUGGACGCCUGGUAUGACUGUUCACCAGGUUCUGAGGGCAUGGCCAAUGUAGGCACUCAGACAGACCUUCCUGAUCGCCGUGCUCUAAGGAGCCUCAUGCUGUCUGACAAACUUUCCAUCGAUAAUCCUGACAUUGGUGAGGACGACAUCAGUGCCAUCUUCCGCUUCCUGGACGACAUCAGCAUGUGUGGCUCGAUGGCAGUGUUGCCCGGAGAAGGGGGCGGAGCUCAAGAGGGGGGCGGGGGAGGGUUACCUGAGCGACGGGAGCGACUGGGAAAGCUGCGGCGGCUCUUCCAUUCCCUAGAGGGCCCCGAAGAAGGGGUGCGGUGGGGUGUGGGUCGGCUGCUACAGCGGGUCACAGAGCUGGAGCAGAGGCUGGAGCCCAUCUCAGAGCUGCGGGAACAGCUGGCACAGGUUCUUGCCACCCUGAACCGACUGGAGCAAAGAGAACAGCUCGUGCACCUUCACUCACAGCAGCUGUGCCCACACAAGCAAGCUGCACCAGGCUGUGUGCCUGGCUCUCACCAGCAGCAUGGAGGACCCAGGCCCAACCCAGACACGGAGGGGGCCGAGGGAGCUGCAGCCAAACGCAGGGGCAUGUUCACACGCAGGGCCUCGAGGAGCCAUACAGAAAGCAGUGGCUCUGACCAGCAACGAGACUGGAGCGUCAGCUACAGCAAGGAGCAGCACACACAUCCUGCACAGGCAGAGCAUCAGGAAGGGCUGUGUAAGAAAGAGGUUCACCAUGUGCAGGAGAGGAGGAAGAGUUCUCACCUCAUCACUGAGGCUCACAGAGCUCCACUGCAGAGCUCCAUGCAGAGCUCGAACCUCCGCCUCACUGACCGCCCCAAAGUCUCCUGGAGCCAGACAGAGCUCACACCCUUCGACCUCCAGGUCCCUGAAUCACUGGACUUCUGGAUGGAUGACGUUUACACUCCAGCCUCAGACACACUCCUGCGCCGCUCACAGACCCUCACCCGCUGCAGCCGGACCCAAACCUACCGCAUCACUGCACUCAGCAUCACUGCCACCGUCAUCCUCAUCCUCAUCAUUGUCAUCCCGUUAUGCACUGCAUAACACCAACUCUCAUACAUACAGUAAUUCAUAUGCAAGUGCAUUUUAAUUUAUGUAAUUUAUACACACUGGCAUCCUGCACUGUAUAAUUGUUUUAUGUUAGUUUUUCAGCAUGAUGCAAAAUAAUGAUGAUCCCCCUAUUGUACAGUAUAGACUUUCUGUUCUGCUAUAAAUAAAUUUUGCCAAAAUA